AACAUAUUCGUUAUGGGAGUACUUAUCCCGUUAUUUAUAUCAUAUACACGAACACAUCACGAACAUCAGUUAAUUAAUGUGAUGCAGAAUUUAUUCGUUGAAGAAGCUUUGAACUAUCAAGAUGUGGUCCACGUUAAUUAGAUUCGCAAUUGUUUUAAUAUCGGUAGCCUUAAAUGCUUCGCAGCCAAAUUAUACUAACUUUAGUAUUUCAAGUCGGAUUGUCGGUGGCGAACCGGUAACAAAUAACCAAUUUCCAUGGCAAGUUGCUUUGCUUUAUGGAGAUAGUCUCGUGUGCGGCGGUUCAAUAAUAAGCCUACAUUGGGUUGUAACGGCAGCGCAUUGUAUAUUUGCAAACGUUGAAUUCACUGUACGAGCUGGCUCGAAUUCUUAUCAAAAAAAUGGCCAAACUCGAAAGGCUAAAAAAAUUGUUAUAAAUAAACGAUUUAAUGUAGGAACUAUGGACCGCGAUAUCGCGUUGAUUCUUCUCGAUUUGCCUUUUACUUUAGAUAAAGCCGUACAGCCUAUCCGUUUGGCUAAGUUUAGAAGAAAUUUACCUCCAAAACUGGUGGUCAGUGGUUGGGGUUUAAUAAAUGAAACCUCCACAACAUCUUCCAAUGAUCUUAUGGCGGUAACAAUAUCUACAGUGACACGGUCAGAAUGCCAAAAAGCAUAUGGCGUAAUUAAAAUAACAAAAUAUAUGAUUUGUGCGGCAGAUCCUAAAAAAGACGCUUGCGUAGGAGAUUCGGGUGGGCCACUAUCUUUUGGAAAUGAACUAUUCGGCAUAGUAUCGUUUGGUGUUGGAUGCGCACGUUCCCACUAUCCCGGUGUAUAUACAUAUGUGGGAAGACAAAUUUUUUGGAUUAAAAAAGUGAUUUCUGAAUUUGGCGGUUCAAUGCCAACAUUUAGUUAAGGUUAUGAAAAUGUUGAAAUGUAAAUGAAAAUAAUUAAAAAUAAAUGAGUU